AUCGCUGUUCUCCAUGCCUUUGUUCGAGUUUUUGUCAGAUAUAUAAAGCGGGACCGUUCGUUUGGAAAGGCAUUCAAACAUUCCCCACUGUGAUCACUUCUGCGAACCGGCCUCAACAUGGCAUCGCGGAAGAUAUUAGCGUUGUUUCUUGCUGCUUGUUUCCUCAUGGGACACAUCUCAGCGAAAAAAGCCAAGAAAGAAGAAUCAGCUGAAACCAUAAAAGAAGAAAUCGAAACAGCAAAAAUCAUCUCCGACUUGCUUGCAGAAGCAACCAAUUAUGGAGGAGGAGCUGUAGCUGCAAGUGGUGGUUAUGGCGGAGAUGCCGGAGGAUAUGGCGGAGAAGCCGGAGGAUAUGGUGGGGGAACCCUUGACGCAGGAUACGGAGGUGCAAGUCUUGGAGGAGGAGAUGCUGGUGGAUACGGAGGUGGAGCUUCGUCCGGCGGUUAUGGAGGUGGAGCUUCGUCCGGCGGUUAUGGAGGUGGAGCUUCGUCCGGCGGGUACGGAGGUGGAGCCUCAUCUGGUGGCUAUGAAAGUGGAACCUCAUCUGGUGGUUAUGGAGGUGGCGCUUCAUCUGGUGGUUAUGGAGGUGGAGCGUCCUCUGGUGGAUAUGGUGGUGGUGCUUCAUCCGGUGGAUACGGUGGUGGAGCCUCAUCAGGGGGAUACGGAAGUGGAGCUUCAUCUGGUGGCUAUGGAGGUAGCACCUCAUCUGGUGGAUACGGUGGCGGAGCGACAUCCGGUGGAUAUGGAGGCGGAGCUUCAUCUGGUGGAUACGGAGGAGGAGCGUCUUCUGGUGGAUCAUCAUCAGGCGGUUACGGAGGAAGCUCAGGUGGUGGCGGAGGAAAACACGCUGUUCUAUUAGCUGUCCCAGUAACUUUUGCCCUGGCUGAUGCUGGCAAAGGUGGAUCAUCUGGAGGUUAUUCUGGAGGAGCGAGCGCUGGUGGUUAUGGCGGUGAUUCUGGUGCAUCUGGAUACGGGGGUGCAUCCAGUGGAGGUUAUGGAGGUAGCAGUGCAGGAAAGAGCAAAGGUGGUUCAAGUGGUGGAUAUGGAGGUUCUCAAGGCGGUUAUGGUGGAGGACAAGCAGGAGGAUACGGUGGAGGUAAAGGUGGAGGACAAAGCUAUGGGGGUAGUCAACAAGGAGGCUACGGUGGAGGUCAACAAGGAGGAUAUGGUGGCGUUCAACAAGGAGGAUAUGGUGGCGGUCAACAAGGUGGAUAUGGCGGAGGUCAACAGGGCGGAUACGGUGGAGGUCAACAAGGCGGAUACGGAGGUGGUAAGCAAGGCGGUCAACAAGGUGGAUACGGAGGCGGUCAGCAAGGUGGAUACGGAGGCGGUCAACAAAGUGGAUAUGGAGGAAGUCAGUCGCAAGGUGGAUAUGGAGGAAGUCAGCAGCAAGGUGGAUAUGGAGGAGGUCAGCAGCAAGGCGGAUACGGAGGCGGUCAACAAGGUGGAUAUGGAGGCAGUCAACAAAGUGGAUACGGAGGCGGUCAACAAGGUGGAUAUGGAGGCGGUCAACAAAGUGGAUAUGGAGGCGGUCAACAAGGCGGAUAUGGCGGUGGACAAGGUGGAGGAUAUGGGGGAGGACAAGGCAGUGGUAAAGGCAAAGGAGGAGGUGGAGGAGGAUAUGGAGGAAAAUCUGCCGGGGGAUCGUCAGGUGGAUACGGCGGAAGUUCAAGUGGAGGAGGUUAUGGUGGAAGUGUAGGGGGAGGUUAUGGUGGAGGAAAAUCAAGUGGCUCAGGGGGGUAUGGUGGCAGCAGUGGAGGAGGAAAGUCCUCUGGCGGAUACGGAGGAAGCGCUGGAGGUGGAGGAUAUGGCGGUGGUAAAUCCGGUGGUGGAGGAGGAUAUGGAGGAUCUUCAGGAGGUGGAUAUGGCGGUGGUAAAUCUGGUGGUGGAGGAGGAAAAUCCGCAGGUGGAAAAUCAAGUGGAGGUGGAUAUGGUGGUAGCUCCGGUGGCGGAUAUGGUGGUGGAAAAACUGGAGGUGGUGGUGGAUACGGCGGCUCUUCUGGAGGUGGAGGAUACGGAGGAUCAUCCGGAGGAGGUGGAUACGGAACUUCUACUGGAGGAAGUGGAUAUGGUAGCUCUUCUGCAGCAGGCGGUUACGGAGGUUCAUCUGCAGGUGGCUCAUAUGGCGGUGGAAAAUCAGGUGGAGGUUCAGGAGGCUACGGAGGCAGCAGUGGAGGAGGACUUCAAGGAAUAACUCUCGUCGGCAUUAAGCUUAACACUGUUUCUCUCGGGGGUGCUGGAGGCGGUAAAUCCGGAGGAGGCUAUGGCGGAGAAGCACCAUCCGCAGGCGGCUAUGGAGGAGGAGCAGCUUCUGGAGGUUAUGGCGGUGGAGCUUCAUCUGGUGGAUAUGGAGGAUCUUCUGGAGGUAGUUAUGGGGGAUCUUCUGGAGGCGGAUAUGGCGGAUCUUCGGGAGGAAAAUCUGGUGGAAAGAGUAGCGGCGGAUAUGGAGGAGGAUCCAGCGGAUAUUGAAGUUUUCAAAAAAAAAACUGAUAAUUUAUCAUUGCCAACUGUACAGAUGUCCCUAAGUCAUGCAAUUUGAAGAAAUGGUUGUCCAAAGAUAAGACAGAGUUGCCAAUAAGGAAAAGUUUUGUUUGAAAUGGAAAAAAAAAAAAAAAAAAAAAAUGCGCGCUAAUACUGAAAGACGUUUUCUUCGGCCAACACCACGCUAGAAACAGUGGUGUUGCUUCAGCUAUGAAGUGACUUAAAAAGCCAGUAACACUGCUAUACUAUAGCCAAGGAUGCAGGGGCAAGGAAAGGUGCGUUUGCUCUUGUGCAAUAAAACUAACAAGAAACUGAACUUUCUGAAGUGAAUACUUGUAAAAACGUAUGAACUGCCCAUCGAGAUCAUAUGACAAAGGGACCAUUGUAAUUAACUUGUUUAUAUGUGA